UUAAGCGGGAGAUAAACUAUAAAUCAGAAUGGCCAGAAGUAAACAAACUGCUGGUAAAUCAACUGGUGGUAAGGCACCAAGGCAACAGCUUGCCACUAAGGCUGGAAGAAAAAGUGCACCAUCAACUGGAGGUGUAAAGAAACCACAUCGUUACAGGCCUGGUACAGUUGCUCUCAGAGAAAUUCCCCGUUACCAGAAAUCUACUGAGCUGCUUAUUAGGAAAUUGCCCUUCCAGAGACUUUCAAGAGAAAUUGCUCAGGACUUCAAGACACAUCUUCGCUUUCAAAGUGCAGCUAUUGGCGCUUUACAGGAAGCCAGUGAAGCCUACUUGGUAGGUCUUUUUGAAGACACCAACCUUUGUGCUAUUCAUGCCAAGCGUGUUACUACCAUACCUAAAUAUAUCCAGUUGGCCAGGCGAAUUCGAGGAGAGCGUGCCUAAUUUUCUUUUAAUGCACAUUCUUUAAGAAUAU